GGCCCACUUCUAUUUUUCCAUCCCCCAUUGGAAUAUCGCGAUAGCUUCAUUCACAAUUCAGCAUUUUGCAUCCCGGCAUUCUUCCAACGGUCAUUACGACGGACGGGCGUACCACCGAACCACAAUUUUAUAUCGGAAGCUGAGCACUCCGCAGCGCAGCAAUUCCCAGUCCGACAAACCCCCAGCUAGCGAAACCCGGUUGGACAUAACCUAAGGCGUACACACACCCCUCCACCCAUCCCCAUUUCCAAACUUCGAAACUACCACCACCACCGAUUCGCCCGCCAGGGCGCACACGCAAAACGAAAAAAUGGGUCUCGCCAACGUCGUCAACAUGUGUUCGCACCUACAAAACGCCUCGAAAGCGCGUCUCGGCCUAACCUCCGUGCCCUUCACAAAGUACAACCUGCAAGUCGCCAUGGCCCUGCACAAAACAGGGUACAUAUCGUUCGUGACGCGGGGGGGCCGACACCCGCCGGACCCGGCGACGAUCACCACGUUCGAGCCGGAGCCGCUGACGACGGCGAACGUGGCCAAGCAGCGGUUGUGGUUAGGCCUUAAAUACAAUGUGUCGGCGGGCGGCACGCCGGUGCUGGGCCAGAUGACGCCGAUUACGACGCCGACUAGGCCGCGCACUGCGAAGUUGCCUGUCUUGCAGCGCCUCGCGAGGGGUUUUGAUGCGGAGUACUACCGCGGUUUGAAUCUUGGGGAGUCUAUCAUCCUGAACACGAGCGGCGGCACCAUGGAUAUACGGGAGGCGAUCGAACGGAAGCUUGGCGGCUUGUUGCUGUGCCGGGUCGGGCCUUCUUGGAGAUAAAUUCGGGGGUUUGAUGGGAUCUGGUUAGGUUGCUUUUAAGAUUGGAUGGUGCUGGUGGGAGGAAAGCCGAGGUACGGAGGAGACGGAUGAGUUGUUAACAACGUGAGAGAUGCUUAUGAGAGGAACAUGGCCGAAAAAGGCUCCCUCGAUGAGUAGAAUGAUACGAUAUGGUCAACUUUCCGAUCUACCGCGUUCUCUAGAUCCACGAGUAUGCCCUUUGGGAGACUGGUACGUCUGCAGGUAUUACUUGAUGAAGAGGACAGACGGCCCGGAAAAUGGUGGCAGGCCUGGUGUGUAUAGAAUCAGACUACGACCAUAGAAAUGUACUAUACCUGCAUAUCAUAUAUCCAACCAUCACUUCAUCUUUUACGAAAGGCUGUGUAUGGUAAAACUUUAUACCUAAGAGGUAAGCAUGAAGGAUAUAAUUAUGAAUGUUUAGCUUGACUAGCACAUCA